AUGCGAUUUGUUAAUCGUAAGGGUGUGUAUGUGUUGGAGCAACUUGGAGCGAAUGUCGAACCAGGUGCCAAAGAGACAAGUGCGAUGUACCGUUGCCAGUUAAACAACUUAAAUAAUCAACCCCAUUUCGAACUUUCUUCAACCAAACAGAAUGGAUAUGCUGGACUUGAGAUGACCUCCAAGAUGGCAACCGUUCAAAAGAACAAGGAAGGAUUCACUCCAAGACAAGUCAAGGCUGCAAUGGAAGCGAGAAGUGCCAUGCACAUACUCAAUGCUCCAAGCACCAAAAGUCUGAACUAUGCAAUCCGAUCUAGUCUCAUCAAGAACUGUCCUAUCACCGAGGAAGCGAUCAACCAUGCCGAAGCAAUCUCUGGACCUGACGCCUCUACAUUGAAAGGCAAGUCAACUGGACCAACUCCAAAGAAGAUGUACGACGACUUCUUCAGUCCACCAGAGGAAUUAUAUCAGCACAAUCAAUCUAUUACCAUCUGUAUUGAUCACAUGGAGAUCGAGAAUGCCAAGUUUCUCACCUGCAUUGAUACCACUGUGCGUUAUCGCUCAUGUAUUCCUGUGCAGAUCCUGAAGACUGACCCUGUAUUUGAAGCAUUGGAUAAGACAUUCCGCCACUACAACAAGGCAGGCUUUCAAGUCAAGAUCAUCAAAUGUGAUCGGGCGUUCAUUCCUCUCACGGAUGAUGUGCUAGACGAUAUGGGUGCUACUAUUGACCCGACUGCAGCCGGAGACCACGAGCCUACCGCUGAGCGCAACAAUAGGACGUUGAAAGAAAGAGUCAGAGUAGCUCUUGCACGAUUACCCUACAAAGUGGUUCCAAAAGUGAUCACUGAAUGUCUUAAACGUCAAGCCGCCGAGCUAUUGAAUGUCUUUCCCCAGAAAGACAGUAUCUCAUCACAUUUCAGUCCGCAGCAACUCAUUGAUAAUGUCAAUAUCAACUACAAGAGUGACAUGGUUGCUGAACUUGGACAAUAU